AUGGUGUCCCGCAGUGCACCUACUUCUCGAGAACACCCACCUCUGCCCACCCUCGAAAAUCCCACCCUCUGCCCACCCUCGAAAACCCACCUCUUGCCCACCCUCGAAAAUCCACCUCUCUGCCCACCCUCGAAAACCCACCUCUGGAAAACACCCACCUCUUGCCCACCCUCGAAAACACCCAUCUCUGCCCACUCUCGAAAACCCACCUCUGGAAAACACCCAUCUCUGCCCACCCUCGAAAACCCACCUCUCACUCACCCUCGAAAGCCUACUUCUCGAGAACACCCACCUCUGCCCACCCUCGAAAAUCCACCUCUUGCCCACACCCUCGAAAAACCCACCUCUGGAAAAACACCCACCUCUGCCCACCCUCGAAAACCCACCUCUCAAUCACCCUCGGAAAGCCUACCCUCUCGAGAACACCCACUUCUUGCCCAGCCUUUGAAAACCCACCCCCUCUACAAUACCCAUCACUGCCCACCCUCGAAAAAACCCACCUCAGGAAAACACCCCACCUCUGCCCAUCCUCGAAAACCAACCUCUGGAAAAAAAACACCACUGCCCACCCUCGAGAAACACCACCUCUGCCCACCCUUGAAAACCUACCUCUGGAAAACACCCACCUCUGCCCAUCCUCGAAAACCAACCUCUGAAAAAAACACCACUGCCCACCUCGAAAACCCACCUCCAACCACCUUCGAGAAACCCCCCCCGUCUACUCUCGCAAAAACAGAAUAUCCUACCCCAUGUCCCCUUGCCCUUGAAAACCCACGUCUUUCCCACUCCUCUACCCUUUACCCACCUCCCAGUACUCCCGGCCCACCAAACACUCCGGCCUAA